UCCGCGCUCUGUCCCCGCCUCUCUGACACACGGCUAACGGGUGGCUAGCUUGUCAACAACAGCAGAGGCACCGCCAGUGUAUCGGUCAGUGAAAUGACCGAUGCCGCCGGUGUUUUUACUCAUCGUGUCAGUGUCCGCCUCUGACGGGAUUCUUAUUUUCAUUUCCACGAGCGUUCCAUUACGUGUAGCACUCUGAGGAGCUAACGUUUUGCCGAGAACUGAGUCGUGGUGUGGUGGCGGAUGUCUUUUUACUUCCCUCUGAGGUUGGAGGCCAUUUGGAGUCGGGAUUUGGGUCUGCAGCAGCAGUGAUGCGGGCUUCAGUGGCAGGCUGCAGGAUGAGCGUGGGAGCGCUUCUUAAUGGACUACUGGUCUCUGUGGUGGCAGCUCUGCUUUGGAAGUAUUCCAAGCUUAGUGAGCACGCUGCCCUGCUGGAGGAAGAGCUUCAUAUGACAAGGCAGUCCCAGGACCUCUCGCAGGCCCGCAUCGACUACCAUGUUGCCCUUCAGGCUCUUCAGGAACAUGGCACCCGCAUGGUCUGCACUGGCAAGAUGCACACUGACCGCAUCUGCCGUUUUGACUACCUCUGCUACUGCUCAGAGGCGGAGGAGUUUGUGUUCUUCCAUUCCAAUUCUUCUGUCAUGUUGCCAAACCUUGGGUCGAGGCGCUUCCAACCUGCCCUGCUGGACUUGUCCUCAGUAGAAGAUCACAAUACUCAGUACUUCAACUUUUUAGAGCUCCCUGCUGCUGCUUUAAAGUUUAUGCCUAAGCCUGUGUUCGUACCAGAUGUGACACUGAUCCUAAACCGGUUUAAUCCAGACAACUUAAUGCAUGUAUUCCAUGAUGACCUGAUCCCAGCCUUCUACACUAUGAAACAGUAUUCAGACUUGGAUGAUGAGGCACGCUUGGUUUUUAUGGAGGGCUGGGGUGAAGGCCCACACUUUGACCUGUACAGACUUCUCAGCAGCAAGCAGCCACUGCUCAAAGAUCAGCUUAGGAACUUUGGCAAGCUCAUGUGUUUUACAAAAUCUUACGUUGGCUUGUCCAAGAUGACCACCUGGUACCAGUAUGGUUUUGUUCAACCACAAGGGCCCAAAGCCAACAUGUUGGUCUCAGGAAAUGAGAUCCGGCAGUUUGCCAGGGCUCUGAUGGAGAAAAUGAACAUCACAAGGGGGGAGGAGGUGGAGAGGAAUAGAGGGAGUGCUGAAGAUGAAAAAGAGAAAAGGGAUGAAUACAUAGUUGUGUUUAGUCGUUCAACAACAAGACUUAUACUGAAUGAAGCAGAGUUAAUCAUGGUGUUGGCGCAGGAGUUCCAGAUGAGAGUGGUCACAGUAUCUUUAGAGGAACAGUCUUUCCCCAGUAUUGUCCAGGUGAUCAGCCGUGCUUCCAUGUUAGUCAGUAUGCAUGGAGCUCAGCUUAUCACCUCACUCUUCCUCCCCAUAGGAGCUGUUGUGGUAGAGCUGUUCCCCUUUGCUGUGAACCCAGAGCAGUACACCCCAUAUAAAACCCUUGCCACCCUUCCAGGCAUGGACCUCCACUAUGUCUCCUGGAGGAACACUAAGGAGGAGAACACAAUUACCCACCCAGACAGACCCUGGGAACAAGGGGGCAUUGCUCAUCUGGAGAAGGAGGAGCAAGAGCGAAUUCUAGUGAGCAAAGAUGUCCCCAGGCACUUGUGCUGCCGCAACCCAGAGUGGCUCUUCCGGAUCUACCAGGACACUUUGGUGGACAUCCCUUCCUUUUUGGAAGUCCUCAAAGAGGGCAUGAGUACAAAGCCCAGCAUGAAAAAGUUAAAGCCGGCAAGCACAGUCCACCCAGGCCGGGUCAGAGAACCCCAGUGUCAGACCUCAGUACAAACCACUAAUGAGGCUAAACUCACUGUCUCUUGGCAGAUCCCGUGGAAUCUAAAAUACCUGAAGGUGAGAGAGGUGAAGUAUGAGGUGUGGAUCCAAGAGCAGGGAGAGAACACCUACAUGCCUUAUAUCCUUCCCCAGCAGAACUACACGUUUUCAGAGAACAUUAAGCCCUUCACCACUUACCUGGUGUGGGUCAGGUGUAUUUUCAACAAGAACCUCUUGGGCCCCUUUGCAGAUGUUUUAAUGUGCAAGACCUAGAACAAAACCUCAUGGGUUAUUUAGUUGUGCAGUUUUACACAGAGGUUGAGUCAUGCUUGUUCCAGACAAUCAAAUUGGGACAAUGGACUGUUCAAUUACAGUUUGUUCAUUGGGGAUUGGCAAAUGUGAUAUGGCAUAUCCCUACAAUCCUAGAACAGGCAGCUGAACUCUUGCACAGCAGGUUUCUUUUUAGCCAGCACAGGCAACUUAGAGAUUCAGGAAGAACUGUAAAAGACUUGAACCAUAGGUUCAGAGCUCAAUGGCAACAGCCGUUAAUGAAAGGAAAGCAUAGAAUUCAGAUCAGAUCAGAAACAGAUCUAUUUAUGUGCAAAUAAUAUAUAACAUGUUUUCUUAGUAUAAGUCAAAACACUGGUUCUGUACUUUUUACAGUAUGCAAUAUAGCUUUUCUGUUGAGAGCAAGAAAGAUUUUAGAAUAGCAAGAUUUUUAAUGUUUUCUGACUUGUCCGAUGUCUGCUGUGUGUGAUACCUGUGUGGCUUAGUUUACCCUCCACCUGUAUAAUUACAUACACCAUAAUCUGCAGAACCUAGCCAAAAUCAGAGCAGCAUUUUCUGUCAUUCAUGCCAUACUACUUUCACAUGUUUAAGAAUGUUCUUGAUUAAUAAAACCAUUUUAAAAUGUUAUUCAGAGAUGUUGUGACAGACUAGUGUGAAGUAAGUAAGAGUUUUCGGAAAUGCCACAGUAAUUGUUUUUGACUCUGAACGUAAAGAUAUGUAUAAUUUCAUUUUAUGGAGCCUUUUGUGAUAUUAUUUAAUAGCAUUAUCUCUUAAAUUGUUCUCCUACAUGUUAUAAAUGUACAAACACGUUUUGUGUUUCAGCAGUGCCCAGCCACAAAUAAUUUGCAUGCGUUUUACUGCAUAAAUAAAUAAAAAUUAUCUAAUUGGCACUAAAUACAACUGUGAUAAUUAUAGCAGUGUGCUGUUGGACAGCUGGAUUUUACAGCAUUUUCAUUAAGAUAACAAGGAAUGUUACUGCCUUGUCUAAACCUAGGUUAAUAGUAAUUACAUUCCCAGAUAUGUGUCUUGUAUCUUUCCUCAAAAUUCAAACUAAAAUGUUGAAUUUUAGUUUAAAACAACAGAAAUCUAAAGCUGGCUCUUAAAGUUGUUUUUCAUCACAUUUUUUUUAAAUAAAGUCCUGCUUAUUGGUAGCUAGACUGCAAAGAUGUUGAUUUGUUAAGGCCCAGACACACAAAUCUGACAUCAGAGAACUAGUGACGACGAAAGCCCCCUUCUGCAUUGCCUCACGUCACCGGUCUUGGCCAAUACGUUGCACAUGAACAUACCAAACUGACAGCCAACCAGCAGUUACGUUCCGCAUAAAAGCAGAUACCCCUACAUACCAGCAGACAGUGGUAGUCUGUAAUUGUCAUUCAAAAAGGGAAACAGGAAAAAUGCUUGAGACUACUUAGCCAGUUAGCACAUCAACAACACAAUUCAAUGUUGUUAGAACAAAGCAUAUUUACCAAUAACACAAACCAUUAGGGAACAACACACACAUUUGCUAAAGAGCUUAAUGGCAAGAAAACCUGACCUUAUUGAACAAGUUUGUUUCAAUCUCACUCAAUUGACUGAAUAAAAGCCAGCUAGCAUCAACGAGGGUCAACGGUGCAGGGCACACCACAUGGACGAGGGCUACGGAUGCUCACUAAUGGCUGACCAUCAGCUUGGUGUGUCAGGGCCUUUAAACACUGGAAUUGGAGGUCAUAGUAUGUGGCAGUGGAGCUGUAGCAAGAGAUGGCUUAUGGAAAGGCACAGUUUUAAGAAAGCACUGCCAACAACAUAUUGUGUAUUAUUGUGCCAUUGUUAUGACAACAUUGUACUUUUUUGACCCAACACAGUAUCUUCUAAACAUGGCAUUGCCCUCUUUGUCAUGUUUGACUGCAGGACACUAUGAGGUUCAUUUCCUUUACUUGAGGUCUGGGGCUGUGUUCACAAACAUUCUGAGAGUACUCUCAGAGAGCUCCUGACUCUGCCUAAAAAAUUCUAGCAAGGAGUCCCAGCUUAGAAGUGAUUUAGGAAAAUUCUCAUAGCAACUCUGAGCAAGGAAAGGACAGUGAGGAGGUGUGGUUGACCCUGUUGCUGGGAGUGAUGCAUUGUUUUAACAGAUGUGAUUGGUUGUCACAGGUGUGCUAUUUUGUGAGCCUACAAAGUGUGGACACCCAGUGGAAACUGAUUGAACUAAAACAUAAUAUGAGACUGUGAAAGAUCUGUUUUUUUGAUCACAUCACUCUGCACUGUAACAUUUUCCCAGUUGCCGAAUUUCUUAGUGUGAUAACGUUAUGUUCGGUGUUAUAUCGUUGUUGCAUUGAAUGGGACAAGUUAGCAAAUCUCUAAUGAGAUCGUGCACAGACAUUGUCCCUGCAUCAUUUUAUCUGCAGAAUUUCAUUAACUCACUGUAACCCGUCAUGUUCUCCUCAGCUUUAGAAACUCUAAAGCCUCUUAAAAGUCCUCCUCCCUACUCCUAACAUUUUUUCACCUUAGGAGCUCUUGUAAGGGCUAAGAUACUCUGUGUAAAACUUAUAUAUUUACCAGGAUCUGGUUUUAACUAUAAUGUGACAUUCUUUGAAAAAGUCAUAAUUCAAAGACUUUCCUUAGAAUUUUGUCACUAAGAGCAACACUUUGUGUAGGAAGCUCUAUGAAUACAGCCCCAGGAUUUCAGAAUUAACCAUAUAUCACUUUUUUGUGCAGGAUGUGAUGGUUUCGAUAUGUAUGCUUGUGUUGUAUUGCUAAAUUUGUAUGUGCCCCUGUCCUGUCUCAGAGGAGACUUCAUACUGUAUGUGCUAAGUGAAAUGACAGAGUGCACAUUUCUGUUUUCUACAUUAGCAAAUAAUUGGAGGUGGGUUUUUGUUUUUAGUAACAGUGAUUGAAUAAAGAAGCUUAUUUAUUACAAUAUCUGUUUUGUUUCAGUAGUUUCUGUCUGUAAUAACAUUUGAAAAUGCUAUGUGCAAUAUGGUAGGCAACUGGACUUGCUUGAGGCUUCAGUUCUUCAUGAAGAAAUAAAAGUAAAAUGUAAUGACCUGUGUCACAAAAUGAGACUGGAGACUGGAAGCGCUGUACUUUGGUUUAAAGCUUUACAUGUACAUCACCUUAAAAACUGAGCAUAUUUUACACUUAUAGGAAAAACAGGUCCUCUUCACAAUGCCUCUCACAAAUCUUUUUCCUCUGGAAUCAUUACUUGCCCUUUCUGCUGUGGGAUGCCACUUUCUGCUCCUAUCAUGAAGUGGAUCUCAUUGCUGAGUGGAAUGUAGUGGUGAACAUGAAGCACCUAAUCUGACAGAUAGCUUGGCCUGAUUGGAAAUCAAAACUUAACUGCAGCUUUGAGAGCACUUUUUUGCACUUCCCCUUUAGUGAUUGACCUAUGAUUUAACUUGCAAGAACUGGCCAGCGAUUCACUGGAACUUUUAAUUUUAUUUUGCAGUGGUAAAGUUAUGAAAAUGUUUAGGGUAAAUGUAGUGGAGUAAAAGUCAAAGUUGACAUAAAUAUAAAAACUCAAAUAUAGGAUACCCCCCAAACAUACAUAAGUACUGCAACAAAGUAUUGCUUGCGAUGGCUGUAAGUCAUCCCUGUUGCAUUUUUUCAGCUGCAAAUAUGUUUUAGUGUUGUGAUCACUUUUAUUUCUUGUGAUAGUGUUUUUGUGUUUGGUGGGAGAUGUGAGUGCAUCUCAUUUCCAUGGGGUGUCAUGGAGAAGGGAGUGUCUGUGACAACCAAUCACAUCUAUUGAAAGAAUGCAUCAUACCUAGCA